CACUUGUACCACAAAAACAACUUCAACUAAACAAAACAAUGGUUUUUAUACCAGAAGAUCUUCUUAUUCACAUUAUUCGCCGUGUUUCUGCUGAAGGAUUCCGCUUCCUUGGGCCAUUCAUAGCCGCUUCUAAACAAACAAAUAAUGCUGCCUUUUCAAAGGAAGUGUUGCUUGCUGUUGAUCUCUCCGAGUUUCUCUUGAAUACCUCCUUGGCCAACAAAGACUCUGUCUACAGGCCAUUUUUUAUGAGAUGUGUGGAAGCCGGAAACGGUCAUGCUAACCAGCUUGAGGGCCUGCGUAUCCUUUGCCAAGAAGGUCCAUCCGAAGCUGCGUUUUCUAUGCUUAACUUAGCCAGUCCAGCUUCUCGCUUUGCACCAUUUGUGAUAGGCGUAUUCCGCAUUUGUUCUGGAGAUUUUGAAACAGGUAUGGCAUCCAUGUUAAAGCUUUGGGAUUUAGUUGGUAGUUUAGACGAAGCUGUUCAAAUGGCGGACUUAGUCAUCAUGCAAAUCGCCACAAUGGGCACUGCAGAGAGUGGACUUUACAAUAACACACAUUCCUAUCCGCUUCUUGACGUUCCUCACUGCACUUACAUUACUUGUGCUGCAGACUCUGUCUGCGAGGAGUGCUUUACCUUCUGGUACUCACUGAUUGUCCGUUCUAUCUGUUGAAGUGCGGAUAAGCGUAAUAUGCAGUGUAAAAUAUUAAGCUUCUGUGGGCGCCGUUAUGUGGUAUAUGCAGCCCUUAUGUGGUUAAGUCUUGUAUGCUCUGUCACUAAGUUGGUCACUUUUAUGUGGUAUAUUAAGCCCCUCUAUCUGUAUGGUUUCGGUUUCGUCGUCUAAAUGACAACUACGUAGCCUCUGUAAUAUAAGCUGUUUUAUGUU